AUGGCACUGGACAAUGGCAAGGACAAUGGCAAGGCUAUCCAGGCUCUGGAGCGACGGCGUCGACAUCAGCCCCAGCUAGCCGCUGUUCCGGCGGUGGUCUCGGGCGCGUCGUCGGUGGUGGUCCUGGCCGCAUCAGCCCCUGCUCCGUGUCAAAAUGGCUCAAAUCCUACAGGAAAUUCCUGUGUGAGGAAGGAGGAAGUUGACCCUAAGUUGAUGCUGGAACACAUGAAAUAUGUGAACUUCACCACAAAGAAUGGGGCCAAGGUUGUGUUUGAUGAAAACGGGGACUCUGGUGCCCAGUAUGAUCUAGUCAACUGGCAAAUGAAAGAAGGAUCCGUCUGCAGAGAACCGUGUCCACCAGGGACUCGAAAAGCAGUAAACAAGAAUAAGCCUUUAUGCUGCUUUGAUUGCUUUGAGUGCCCAGAAGGAACAAUUAGUAACCAGUCAGAUUCUCCUGAUUGUUUGGUCUGUCCACCUGAACUUUGGUCAAAUGAAAAGAGAAACAAGUGUGUUCUGAAGCCUACUGAAUACCUCUCACACAAGGAGAUCAUGGGGGCACUCCUAACUGCACUUGGCACCAUUGGUGUGUUUUUAUCACUUUUGGUAUCAACAAUAUUUUUUACUCAUAAGGAGACCCCCAUCGUAAAAGCCAACAACUCUGAGCUGAGCUUCCUGCUGCUGUUUUCAUUAAAGCUGUGCUUCCUGUGCUCUCUCACCUUCAUUGGACGGCCAUCUCAGUGGUCCUGCAUGCUGCGACACACAGCCUUCAGCAUCACCUUUGUCCUCUGCAUCACUUGUGUUCUGGGAAAAACAAUAGUGGUUUUAAUGGCCUUCAGGGCAACACUUCCAAACAGCAAUAUGAUGAGAUGGUUUGGGCCUGCACAGCAGAGAAUCACUGUUCUCAUGUUCACCCUCAUUCAGGUUGUUAUCUGUAUACUGUGGUUAACAAUAAACCCACCAUUCCCAAAUAUGAACAUGCAGUACUAUAAAGACAAGAUCAUUUUAGAGUGUGCUGUGGGUUCAGCUGUUGGAUUCUGGGCUGUGUUGGGUUAUAUUGGCAUUCUUGCUCUCUUGUGUUUUAUACUUGCUUUUCUUGCAAGAAAGCUACCAGACAGCUUUAAUGAAGCUAAAUUGAUCACCUUCAGCAUGCUGAUAUUCUGCGCAGUCUGGAUUUCGUUUAUCCCUGCAUAUGUGAGCUCUCCUGGGAAGUUCACUGUAGCUGUAGAAAUAUUUGCCAUCCUGGCAUCAAGUUUUGGUCUGCUGCUUUGCAUUUUUGCUCCAAAAUGCUAUAUUAUUAUAUUUAGGCCAGAACAAAACUCAAAAAAGAAUGUAGUAGUAAAAAUACCAUCGAGAACGCUUUAA